AAACAUACCGUACAAUCAAAUACACAUGGCUGCUCGCAUACGACAGGAACCGCGUGACACAGUAUACUAACCAAGAAGACGUCGUGACAGUGGACUCAUAGCUAGUAUACUAAGCCGAGAAGACGUCGUAACAGUGGACUCAUAGUAUACUAAGCCGAGAAGACGUCGUGACAGUGCCCUCACAGUAUACUAAGCCGAAAAGACGUCGUGACAGUGCACUCACAGUAUACUAAGCCGAGAAGACGUCGUGACAGGGCACUCACAGUAUACUAAGCCGAAUAGACGUCGUGACAGUGCACUCAUAGUAUACUAAGCCGAAAAGACGUCGUGACAGUGCACUCAUAGUAUACUAAGCCGAGAAGAGGGCGUGACAGUGCACUCACAGUACACUAAGCCGAGAAGACGUCGUGACAGUGCCCUCACAGUAUACUAAGCCGAAAAGACGUCGUGACAGUGCACUCACAGUAUACUAAGCCGAGAAGACGUCGUGACAGUGCACUUGCGGUGUGCAAUGUAAACAGAACCAGGCCACGUGUUGAAGACUGUACUCGCACCAGGCAUAACUACUUGACUACACGUACACUGCACGUGAACUUAGAUGUGACCUUGUUCGCUACAGUACUACUGUAGAAUGAGCUCUGAAAAGGUGAACGGGAAAUAUAUUUGGGGUGACAUCACAGAGUCCGAGAUAGUCAGACAGUAUGACAGGAAAGGCCGCGAGGUGGCGUGCGUGCAGGUUGACGACAUGUUUCGAACUUUGCAUAACGUUCAGGUUGGCCAAGUACCCGACCUGAGGGCCACUCUGAAACUCCUGAAAGAUAUGCCCAUGCGCACAGAUGACAUCUUUAUAUGUGCUUAUGUAAAAGCAGGUACACAUUGGAUGUGGGAGAUCGUCAACAUGCUCCUGAGAGGAUCGGCGGAGUACGACAAAACCGUCAAGGAAGAAAACAUGAUCGACUUCCACUUCCCAAAAGAAUUCGAAAACUUGGAAUCCCCACGUGUCUUCAACUCUCACUUCACGUGGCGCCAUCUUCCGACAGAAAUCCGCGACAAAAAAUGCAAAAUCAUAUUCCUGCAGAGAAAUCCGAAGGAUACUGCAGUGUCCUACUUUCAUCACAUGAAGAACCUCAAGAUAUAUGGUAUUGAGGAUGACUGUGGAGAUUUUAUAGACCUUUUCAUGAAGGGUAGAGGACCUGGGUACAAAAGCUGGUUCGACUACACGCUGGAGUGGCAAGAGUUUAUAGAGGAUACAUCACACCGGGUUCCAAUACUGUCCCUUAUGUACGAGGAUCUCAAACAGAAUCCUGUUGCUCAAGUUCAAAAGGUUGCAGAAUUCCUCAAGAUUCAAUCAGACACACAACUUGUCAGAUCGAUAGCAGAAAAAUGUGAUUUCAAAAACAUGAGAAAGGCUGUACUUAAUAAGAACGAGGCUCACCCCUCUGUAUCAGACUAUCAACUGUUAUACCGAAAGGGUCAAAUAGGAGACUGGAAAAACUGGUUCACUGUGGCCCAGAGCGAGGAAUUCGAUGAACUUGUGAGGCAAAAGAUGGGGACAUGUACCUCCAAGUUUGUGUACGAAUAGACCCUACGCGAUGGUAUCAUAGUAAAACAGGAGAAGACCAGUUUACGUCAUCAUGUCGAAAGGACGGAUAUGACGGCAGACAGCUACGUACCAAAUUACGUGUCGGUUGGAGCGGGUUAUUGGUAGAUGUACAAUGUACCAACGAUAUCAGGAAUGUUAUACAUACAGCUUCACACUGAACAAUAAAUCUGCACAGUAA